AUUACUUGGCUUUACACCCUUCAGUGUCACCUUGAGCAUGGCUCCAAAGAAGGACAAGAAGAAGAAAGACGAACCUGCUCAACCUGAGCUGGUCACUGCCUACAAAGCACGCGAUCCUCUACCACCGACAGAGCCACCUGAUGUCUCAGAGGUGGAUGUUGCGUGGAAGACACAAAGGGAUCAUUAUGUACUGCCCCUUUCAGAAUGGAAUGCGGAGGAGGUUGACACGACUGAAUGGAAGCCAAAUGACACAGAGAACCAAUUCGUCAGCAAUUCGUUCUCUGUGGUAAGCAUGCCUCGCAGCUUCAUGGGUCUUGUUGCUGGCUGGCGCCGUGCUGGUGGAUUUGCAUCAGGAAGAGGUGAUCUGCUGCCGGAGGAACCAGAACCUCAGGUGCAGCCGCUGCCUGAACUAAAAGAGGAAUCUGCUGAGCAAGUUCCGGAUCCAAAAGCGAAAGCAAAACCAAAGGCCGAUUCCAAGGCCAAGGCCAAAGCAAAGGGUCAGGCAGCUGAGGAGGCUCCAGAGAAACCAACAACCAUGCAGCAGUAUGCUGAGUGCACAUAUGAGGGCGAGGCACGGGUAGUAAGCCAAGCGGAAUUUCGAUCUCGAGAGCUUUUGCUUGAUCUUGAUGAUGCAACGCCCCAGCUGAGUCAAGCAAUUGCUUCUCAAUUUGCUGCUGUGGCCGAGCAUCGACUACUCCUGCCGAGGGGCACCUUUCUCUGGGAGCUCAUUUACCCCCAGGAUGAAGAAGGAAUUCCGCUGUUCAACCCUCAUGGAAAGUACAUUGUCAAGUUGUUUGUGCAGGGCAAGUGGAGAAAGGUGGUUAUUGAUGACGUGGUUCCGAUCGGCUAUGCCAUGCAUGGGAACAACAUGUAUGCCCCAUUGUUGCCGACCAGCAACGACAACAACAUCAUUUGGCCGCAAUUACUUGCCAAAGCCUUGAUACAAGCUUUUCAAGACGAUCUGAGCUUGCCGCUCCUGCCUUGCAUAUCAGCCUUGACCGGCUGGACGCCGUACCAGCUGCCCCUUUCCUGGCAUGGCCUUGGAGGGCUGAAGUCAGUCCGAACGUUCUGCAGCUUGCGAUUCAGCUCGCAGGUUGACUUUGAAGCAAGGCAGCGUGCAGAGCUGAUUCCCAGCAUCCCGGCCGAGGCCCCCAGGAAAUCUUUGGCCACGAAUCAGGCCAUACCGCCACUCACUGUGCAAGGAGUGCCAGAGCAGAAUCUCAAACUCGGUAGCCAGCCACUGGAGGCCGUUCUCGAGUUCCUCAUUUGUGAAACCGAGGAGGAACCGCGACAGGUUCGGCUCAAGGCUGAUACUUUUUUACCUCAGCACGGCACCCCGCGAAAGCAAGUUCGCGAUGCAGACAGUGAGGAAGAAGAUGCCUCAGCAGAUGCUGGCGCAAAUGAACAACCAGCACGAGUCGAUGAGGUCGAUGACUCUGACCAUGAUGAUCUCGAUGAGGAUGAUGAUGGCCGCUCCCAAAAUACUCAUUCUGGUGAUGCAGAGGGCGCUGAAAAAAGGACGGAUCAGGGUGAAUCCGUCAACGGUGAAGGACAAGAAGUAGAGGCGGUUCCAGAAGAAGAGGAAGAACCCGUUGAAGACUCUGUGCCGUGGGUGCCACCGUGGCCUGAUAAGAAUCCAGCUCCGCUGAUGAUGAAAAGCUCCAUUCAGGAAUUUCAAGCUCAGCUUCAAGGGGGGAGCUGGGUGAGCUUCGAGGAGAUCGAAACCUCCGCAUCGCACCUUUGUAGCUACAUUCCUCCCGGAGAUCACGUGUUGUCUGCAACUCUAGAUACAUGCUGGGGUGGAGAGCAUACAGAGGCCUACAUUCCUCCGAAGACCAAGUUGCUUCGGAUCCGCUUGGCACUUUCAGAGAUGGAUCAGAGUCCACCAAGGAUCUCCAGAGAAUCCACCGAUGCCAAGCCAAGUCCAGGACCUCCACUGUUCCAAACGGUCUUCUUCUACGAGCCUUUGAGACAGAACUAUAGAUUGGAUGAGUCUCCUCCACCUCCAACUCCCUGCAGCUGUGUUUUACAGGCUAUCAACGGGUGGCGUCCACCCAGCCGUUCGCGCAGUGCGCAGUUGGAGCCGCCUGGGUACAUCAACUUGACAGUGGGCGAGGGAACACCCCCCUCUGGCUCUGUUUUCCAGUCCAUGUUGCUGCCCCCAGGCGAGCAUUGGUAUUUGGUCCAUGAUGAUGCUGCUGAACGAGCUGGCUCAGUGCUGUCAAUAAAUGUCGAAAGUUUGCUACUGAAUUCAUCCAAGUCAGCAGUAGAGUUCUUGGAGCCCGAGAAGGCAUUAGCCAAGUAUCGGACUUCAAUGCUGUCUGUGGGCCCCAUACAAAAUCCGGUGCACACCGGUUACAACGUCUGGGCCAAAGCUGAAAUCCAAGUGGCGGAGGAAGGCUUGCAGUCUUUGCAGCUACUCUGCCAUGUCACAGAUAUAGCUCUGUGGCCUUACAUUCAGUUGUCCUGUUUGAGGGUGUCUCAGCUGGACUUGUCAGAUGAGGAAGAAGUGCGGUGCGCCAACUGGUCCAUAUCGACAUUGAUGAAGUCUCCACUGCUACGCAUCAUGUCAUUGCCACUGGCGGACAAGGCCAAUGGAGCAGCAAAGUAUGUGCUGAUGCUUGAAGCAAAUCUUCCCCCAGAGGUGCUUCCAAAGUCUACGGGCGAACUCUCGAUUCAGUUGUUUGUCCCUCCUGUCAGCACUCCCCUGGAGAUUGAUUUCGAUCUAGGUGAUAAGGAGACAGAGGACACAACACAGGAAGAGGCGCCUCUUCAGCUGCAGAUGCUCACCGUUGACCAUGUGCUGCGAUGGCAAGGUGAAUGUGCUGAGAAUGACAAAGGGUUGGUGCUUUGUGAGCGGAUCACAGUACCUCCUGAAACAGGUGAUGUCACGAGCACCCUGCGGGUGACAGUCGAAGGUUUGCCGCAGGCUUUCCUCCGAGCAACCCUGGUUGCACAAAUGCCUCCUACCGACGAAAUGAGACCUCCACCUCCAGAAGGAGCAGCCUUGGAACCACUAGUACGAGGAGCACCAAUAAAUCCUCGUGACUACAGUGGACGAAGGAACUGGCUUUCGCAGUGCAAGAAAGUUGCAGAAACAAGUGGGCUGGAGAUCAUCUCAUUUCCACAUGUUCUUCUUGCUGAAGCAGCGACUUACCUUCUCUAUGUCCACUUGGAUGAAUUCAGAGGGCCCGCUGGUCUUGACGGCGGAACGUGGCUGUUGGAGAGCUUUGGUUCCGGUGCGUUGGAGGUUGGGUCUGAUGCGAUGGAGCAAGACCUCGAGGAGCUGGUUCGGAGAUCAUGGGCGGAGACUCCUCAGGAGGGUGAUGCACCGCCACGAAGUGAGACAGCGGCUGCAGCGCGAGAAAGUUGGGUUGCAGCCCGCUCCAGAGGGCAGGAUGCCGAGGCUGCCGAAGAAGAAGAAAGCGAGGAGAAAAAGCAGCUCGUAGCUGCGUUGGAGCGCACCAAGAAGGUGAAGCAUCCAAAUACCAGCAUUGCGCAGUUCUUGAGCUGCCAUGUAGAUACUCCGGCUUUGCUGAUCCAAGAGGAUCCAUAUACUGUGGCUCCAGAUAGGCCUGAAUGGAGGCCUUCGGAAGAUACUGAUGGAACUGCUGCGGAUGAGAUUCGUGCAGAGGAUACAGAGGUUGCAGUUGCGGUAAAGGCCAUGGGAACAGAAGGUGAGCGCCAGGCUCGGGAACAGGAGAUUGAAAUCUCAACCACGAGGUGGCAAGCUGCAAAGGAAAGUUUGGAAGCGGCAAAAGAGCGAAACGCCAAUCAGAUACAGGAACUCAGACAGUGGCGUGAAGAACGCACAGCCUUGCCCGGUGGAGUUGAAGGAACUUCCUUUGCACCUGCAAGACGCGAAUUGAGGGGUGCUCUUCAUUCUCGCAUGGAGAAGUGCGCCAUUUUAAAGGUUGGUGUCCUUGAUGUAAAGCGCACAGAUCCUGAGCCUUUAAGAGUGGCGCUAUCAGACGCAGAAGCAGCAGGCUCCCGAAACUAUGACCUGACGUUGGUGGAGAACGCUGUACGGAAGUUGAGAGUUUUAGAUGCAGCUGUUGCCUUCAAAGAAGCCCUCACCAACAUGGAGGCCAAGGCAGAGGCAGCAACAAACGCUGCAGCAACGGCCGCAGCUGCAGAAGAAGGCAGUGAAAGCUAUGAGCAAGCCAAAGAAGCUGCUACAACAGCUGAGGGGGAAGCAGCUGAAGCUGCCAAAGGUUUGGAAGAGUCCCUCUCCGAAUUCAAGGCCAGCAUCAAGGAGGCUAGUGCAAGUGAGAUUCCUCUUCCAGCAGAGCUUCUGAACGAGGAGCCAAUGGAAAAGGCCGCGGAUAUUCUGAAGCAGCGCUCCGCCGAAGCUGCGGAGGGUGCGGAGCCUGCGGAGCCCAAUGCCUGAAACGGGCGGGAGUUUCCGAGUUUGCCAAUCUAAGAAUGUGGAACCAACAG